CGUUGACGGUUUUGCGGCGGUGUUCAAAUAACGGUGCAAGCGCUUGAUGUGGAAUUUGUGAAUAAAUUGGUGCUGUCGCAAGUAAGCCGGCCAAAAUGACGCUGCUUGAUGUGGAGAGUAAAAGAAUAGUUGUUCUUGCCUUUUAAAGUAGAGAUUUAUAUAAAUAUACGAUUUCUCUUGGUGGGCCGCAAAUACAAUCGGAUCGGACUAUAUUGUUGUGUAGUGUAAAUUGAAAAUGUUCAACAGAAUUUUGUUGCACAAGCUUAUUAUGGCAGUGUAGUGGUUGUAAACAAAGUGAAAGCUUUCUGCAGAAAUGUAAAGAUAUUUUGAAAGAUUUCCGAGAACUGAAAUGUCAGUGGAUAUGAAUGAGAUGUUCUUCGAAAGCUGAUUUAAAUAAAUAUUUACAUAGAAAAUGAAAACUGCAAUAAAGUAUAAAGACACAAUACAACGAAGGUUAUGAUACAACCAAAAAUAUUUUAAAGAAAAUAAAAGCAUAAAUAAAAAUUAAAAAAUGAAAAUUAAAAAAUGAAAAUUAAAUAAUUUUAAAGUAACUAAAUUAUUUCUGUAUAUCAUAAAUAAGGUAACGAAAUUUAUCGAAAGUGCACUAACUUACCUUCGCCGUCGUAUAAAAGUGCAUUAUAACAACAGUAAAAAUUAUAGUGCUGUUAAAUAACAUUAAAAAAAAUACUUUUAUAUAUGAGGGAAGAUAUAAAAAUGCAAUAAAAAACAAAAAUGAGCUGCAGCUGGCAGUAGACUUUAAUAUAUUUAGACGCCUGUUAUGCAAAAUUUAUGCGAAUAUAAAGUACUAAAGUGCCAAAGCUGAACGGACUGUGCGCAGAAGCUUUGGCAUUGUAGACCAACGAAUUUGGUUAAGUGGCUUUAUACGUUUACUACAAGCAAAUUAUUGUAACGCUUACGGCAAUAAUAAUACUAACGCGUAAAAUAUUGUAACAGCGGUGGCAACAUUAUAAAAUAGCUUACUUUUUGGCGCAUUGCAAACGACGGCAUACCAAACGCCGAAAUGACCCAAAUAAAUUUUCCUGCGCAGCGAACGACAAAAUCCACACUGGCUGCGAGAGCCCGGAUGCGAACGAUGCGCGCUAGAACUGUGAGAGCGACUGUGAAAACAUCAAAAACAACAGCAACAACAACGAGAACAAAAAGAACAGUCAUGGCUACGCCAACGGUCGGCACGACGACAACGCACAUAAUGAAACUGAAACGGAAACGUAAAAUACCGGAAAUUUCAUUGCUAAUUGCUGCAAUUUGGAUUAACAGCUUCUGGCCGUGGCCAGGUGGUGGUAGUGGGGGCAACGGUGGCGAUGCAGGUGGUCGCAUUGGUUUUACACCAUUACCGCUUGCCUAUUGCUCGCAUAUGCCCGCCUCCGUUGGUGUUGCCGCCUACACAGUCGACGCUGCACACAUGCACAACAGCGAUAUGCAUAGCCACCAUAACUAUGACGAUGGUGGUGGUGGCGGCGGUGGCAUGGACGGUGGUGGCAGUAGUGCCAGCCUGGAAAAUAUGGCAAUGCAUGGCAUGGGCCACGACGGCGGUGGCAUGCCGGAGGAGUCAGAGGAGCGCGAUCACAUCGCUCAUCAUUUUGAAAUGCAAAAUCAUGAAGAGCUACUUGAAGACAUUCGAGAUGACACGUCCGUGAAUCUCAUACCUGAGAAAGAUUUACCAAAAUUCGGUGAACCAUUGCAAAAUGUCACAAUACCAGUGGGACGAGAAGCGAUCUUACAGUGUGUUGUCGAUAAUCUACAAACAUACAAAAUUGCGUGGCUACGCGUCGAUACACAAACAAUACUAACGAUUCAAAAUCACGUAAUAACGAAAAACCAUCGAAUGAGUAUAACUCACGCUGAGAAACGUGCUUGGAUAUUGAAAAUUCGUGAUGUCAAGGAAUCGGACAAAGGCUGGUAUAUGUGCCAGAUAAACACGGAUCCGAUGAAGAGUCAAGUUGGCUACCUGGAUGUUGUGGUGCCACCUGAUAUCCUUGAUUAUCCAACCAGCACGGAUAUGGUAAUACGAGAGGGUUCCAAUGUGACGUUGAAAUGCGCCGCUGUUGGCUCACCAACUCCCACCAUCACUUGGCGACGGGAGGGUGGCGAACCGAUACCAUUGCCCAACAACUCGGAAGUGAUCGCAUACAAUGGCUCAUUUUUAACAAUCACCAAAGUACAACGUCUGAGUAUGGGCGCUUAUUUAUGCAUUGCCUCCAAUGGCAUACCGCCAACGGUCAGCAAGCGUGUCAUGUUGAUUGUGCACUUUCCACCCAUGAUUUGGAUACAAAAUCAAUUAGUCGGUGCAGCUACAGGACAAAAUAUUACACUCGAAUGUCAGUCGGAGGCAUAUCCGAAGUCUAUUAAUUAUUGGACGAAGAAUGACACCAUCAUUGUGCCGGGUGAACAUUUUGCAUCGGAAACCUUUGAGACUGGCUACAAAAUAACGAUGCGAUUAACCAUAAAUGAUGUUGACACAGUGGAUUUCGGUUCGUAUCGUUGUGUGGCGAAGAAUUCUCUUGGAGAUACAGAUGGCACAAUUAAACUCUAUCACAUUCCGCAAACAACGACGGUGACCACAAUAGCACCAACUGUGGCACUCAAUACGGUGCCGGUAGUGAUUGCGAAAUAUAACAACAAAGAUCAACGUUUCAGCAAGAAAGUUCAUCGCACAAAAUCGAAUGCUGCAGAUACGCCAUCAUCCGCAUUGAAUAAUGUAUAUAUUGGAGCCACGUCGAGCUUAUGGAACUCACAGGAUCACAGCGCGGGGAGGGAUCAUCAUCAAACGCCAGAUCACAGUAAUUACCGCAGCGAUGCCAAAUCGGCAACAAACAAACAUGACGCCGAUUCCUUGACCGAUGAUGCCAUCCAUGCAGCAGCCAGUGUAACAGUCACUGCGCAUGCGUUAUUAAGAUAUCUAUGCCUGAUCAUAUUUGUAGUUUACCUUAUGCGGGUGUAGCAAAUAUUCAUUAAAUCUUAUUACGAAAUACAAAAAUAAUAUAGCAACUAGAAUAUUGCAAAACCU